AUGUAUCAUGAUGACAACCAGCCUCCCUACAGAUGUCACGAAGUAUCCAUUUACGAUCUCUUCUCACCUAUUCAACACCAUGUCUCUCGUGUUACGCUGGUUGAAAGCAAUGUCUAUGAACAGCGUCUGUUUUGCUGGAAAUUGCUGUAUGAUUGGUCAACACAAGCAAUGGUCACAUGCCCAUUUUAUGUACAUAAAUUUACUGUGGUCAUCUAUUUGGACUGCCUUCAACUUUCUUUAGACAUGACAAGCUUAAACCAUUUUUUACAACAUCGCCCCGGAGGAAACCAGUAUCCCUUGACAAUAUUAGACGGUGGGACUGGCACGGAAUUGAUUCGUAUGGGUUUUACAAAUAUUGAUGAUGACCCACUUUUUAGUGCCAAACUGCUGUCUACAAACCCAGAAGCAAUCAAAGAGGUCCAUAAAAGAUUUUACAAAGCUGGCUCAGAUAUUGUUGUAACUGCCACCUACCAAGCCAGUAUUGAAGGCCUUCAAAAGUACAUAGAAAUUACAUCACAAGAAGCCUAUGAUUUAAUAAAAAAGGGAGUUUUAUUGGCUAAACAGGCAGCACAAGAAGUCCAAUCGGAAUGUCCAGAUCGAAAACUAUUACUUGUUGCUGGAUCAGUGGGUCCCUACGGAGCGUGCCUUCAUGAUGGAUCUGAAUACAGGGGAGAUUACAUGGGAAAAAUAUCUAUUGAUGACUUAAAAGCUUGGCAUCAACCACGCAUAAAACUUUUGAUGGAAGCAGGAGUGGACCUUUUGGCAAUUGAGACAAUUCCAUGUUUGGCAGAAGCUUUGGCCAUUAUUGAUAUCAUGAAUGACAUUCCUGGCUGCAGAGGGUGGAUUACUUUCUCUUGCAAGGAUGGUAAGCAUACGUGCAGUGGGGACAACUUCUCUGAGUCUAUCAAUCAAGUGAUGAUGUCCAAGUGUGUAGUAGCAGCAGGACUGAACUGCACCAGCCCAAUAUAUGUGACUGACUUACUGGACACCCUUCGACCUUAUUCAGUUGUCAAGCCUAUCAUAGUAAAACCAAACAGUGGAGAAAUGUGGGACACAUCACACAAAUGGCAUGGUGGUGUAAAAAAUGUUAGUGAAUUAGCCAAAGUAUGGGUGAAAAAUGGAGCAAGCUGGUUGGGAGGAUGCUGUCGGGUGUACCCUGAGGAUAUAACCAAAUUAAAAUCUGCAGUGAUGAACUUAUGA